AUGGACAUCGAGCAGUGGAGAAAUGAUGUAGCGAAGAAGAUGGCGGAAGAAGACAUGGAACGAGAUCGCAUCGCUCGCCGCAGUAGCGACUUGAGAGACUCCAGUUUCGGUCCGGCUGACCAACAAGAAGGUCGCCCCCCUCUAUUCGCGUCCAAGCGCACUCGAGAGGAAUUAGAACUUGAAGACGCUCUCUUUCCCAGCCGUCGCGAUCAGCACGUCUCUGAACUAUUCCACGCUCGAGACUCUCUUCGACGCGCUCAGCAUACACCACUACCACCAUCACCUACCGUCGAGACAACAGCUACUGCGCAGCCAAUUCCGAUUCCUACUGGUCGUCAGGCCUGUCCACGCAACAAUCCUGUGUUCGACCCAGAGCGAUUCCCUAGAACUGCACCAAUCUGCACCCCAACUACCGGCCGUCCAGACAACCAUCUGAAGAUCCGCAACAUCUUCACCGAGAGUCCUCCUCCUCCUACUCCUCGUCCGAUCAACCGCGAUUUGUCCUUCGGAAGCUCCCCUUUCACCAAGGCAGACAGCACUCUCAUGUUCAAUAUGUCGGAAACAUACAUCCCCACCUCGCCGCUGUCUGCCCAACAUCCUCGUGCUUUCGCUCCGCCACAAACAAAGCGAAAGACACAUGUCCGCCAGACCUCCCGAAACAUGCAGAUGAGCCUGCCAAUGGGCAAGUACUACCCUACACAGUACAACCGCCACGCUGCCGCCGCCACGCCGUCCGCUGCCGGCACUCCAAGCCCAGCAAUCGUCGUCAACGCGCCAGGACGCCAACCCGCUUCUCCUGUGCCUCCGUUCCGGAAGCACCUCGACAGCUCCGCCCGCCACCACCACCGCCCACAACGCUCCCAUGGCGACCGGCCUCUGGCUUUGGAGCUGGAAGAGCCAACCGACUACUUCGCUGUCAAGCGCGGCGGCAAGCCCUCUCCCGCUGGCUCUCCCGGUGCUGUCAGCACGCGCAGCGACAAGUCUUCUGGCGGGGAGAGUAGCGGGAAGAGAGGCGGGAAUUGA